CCAGCGGAGGCACAGACAGAGGCAGAGGCAGGGGCAGAGGCGGCUGCUACCCAGGCAGGGAUACAGGCAGGAGCAGGAGCAGGAGCAGGAGCAGGAGCCCGAGCUGGGGCAAGGCGCAGCGCACCGCCUCCGAGCGCUCCCGGCCGGCCGAUCGGGAAGCAGUCCCGCGGGCCGGAGCUCGAGCCGCGCUGCCCGCCAGCCCUGCCGUGUCCUGCCCCGUCCUGUCCCGCCGUGUCCUGCUCUGCGCCGGGCCCGUCCCGCUUGCUUCGUCUCCCUUGCUUAGCCUCCGCGCGCACGCUCCCAAGUCCCGGGCGCGGAGCCGAAGCCCCAGCCCCAGCCUCAGCCUCCGGUAGGCCGGCCGGCCGGCGCCUCCCCUCCUCCUUGUCAGGCCCCGGCUCUGGCUCCCGCAGCCCGAGGAAGAAGUGGAGCAGGACGCAGAGAAGAGGGGGCCCCGCUCCCCGCGCCUUGGCCCCGCGCCCCCUGCUGCCUCCAUCGUGCCCCUGCCCCCAGCCAUGGUGGGCCACCUGCACUUCCAGGGCAUGGAGGACAGCCUCAAAGAGAAAAGCCGGGAGGGCUUGUUGGACAGUCCCGACUCCGGGCUGCCCCCCAGCCCCAGCCCGCCCUUCUACUCCCUGACCCCCGGGAUCAUGGACAGCCGAUCUGCAGGCAGUGGCGCCUCUGCUGAGUCGCCAGGAACCGGGCCCCAUGGGGACCCCCCAGGAGGCCGUAGUGGCUCCUCACCUCCUCCAGGACCCUGCUAUGCUGGAGAUGAGACCCAGGCUGCACCCGGUGUUUUUUGGGGAAAGCAUUGAAGUAAACCCUGAGCCCAUGCAGGAAAUUCGCUGCAACUCCGAAAUCAAAUACGAUUCUGAGAAACACUACCGAGACAACAUCUUCUAUGUCCCCGUCCCCACCGUCACCUCCUACAGCGAGACCAUCAUCGCCACCCCCAACUGCACAUGGCGGAACUACAAAACCCAGCUGACCUUCGAACCUCGCCAACGGGCCCUGCGCUUCCAGAGCACCACCAUCAUCUUCCCCAAGCACCCCAAAAACACUUACCGCACCACCCUCCACUACAACCUGGGCUGCCCCAAGCGCUGGUUUGCAUCCAGCGUCCAGCUGGAACUGUGUGAUGACCUCCCCUGUUCCUAGGAGCUCUAACCUAGCUCCUGCUCAGAACCAUGGGGGGUGGGGGUGGGGAAGGGAUGGAGAAAAGGGGGCUGGAGAUAAACUUGGCCAGGAACCUGGGAGGGGAUGGAGUGAGGAAGGCUGGCUGGGUGCAUGUGGCUGGGGGGCAGUCUUGGAAGGGGACUGUCCUUUGAGGCUAAUGGGAAAUGACAACCAGGACCUGGUACAGAGAAGCCACCACCUGCCCCCAGCAUGGUAUGUUUGGUUGUAUUGAUCUCAUUUUCCUUGUGGAAGAUUAAAUAAAUAUAUCUAUUUUGUUAGCAUUUUAAAUGGAGUCUGGGCACUUGGUUUGGCAGACGUGGGCAUGGGAGAUGGGAUUUGACAGCAUCUUUCUCAGGAGACAUAGGGCGAGGCUCUAGUCUUUUUCUCAUUUGAGGGGCAUGCGUUUCUGUCCCAGCUGACAGGUGACCAUGCAGAUAGGCAUGUUUUACCUUCCCUGGUUUAGGCCAGUGUUUUUCUCCUUGGUACCCAAGAAGACUUGGGGUAGAGUCAGUACAAAUCCAACAUCAGUGCCACGUUUUCUGGUAUUAUGAGCCAAGUGCUGCUGAUAUAUAUUUUCAUUAAGGUGUGGAGGUUGAUUUACAGGCCAAGUGACAGACUGCCUAGCAGUUGUCCAGGACUGUGGUACAAUACCAAAGAUGGUGGUGGUGGGGCCUGGAUUCAAAUCCUGGCUUUGCCACUCCUUAUCUGUGUGACCCUGGGCAAGUCAC